CCCAAUUAAGAUCGAAAGUUUCUAGUACUUGAGAAGUUACAAGUACACUAAAAAUGGCUAAAUUUUGCUAUUUUGGGUUUGUAAUCUUGUGUUUUCUAGGAAUUAUUGUGGGAUCUGUUCAUGCUCAGCUAAAGAUGAACUUCUAUGCCCAGACUUGCCCAAAAGCAGAGAAACUGGUUGAAGAAUAUGUGAAAGAGCACAUCCCAAAUGCUCCAUCUUUAGCAGCAGCCAUGAUCAGAAUGCAUUUCCAUGAUUGCUUUGUCAGGGGAUGUGAUGCGUCUGUUCUUCUGAACUUCACUUCAGCAACAAAAAACCAGACAGAAAAGACGGCUAACCCGAAUCUGACACUGAGAGGCUUUGGAUUCAUUGAUGGGAUAAAGAGGAUAGUGGAGAAAGAGUGUCCCGGAAUUGUGUCUUGUGCUGAUAUUCUUGCCUUGGCUGCUAGAGAUUCUGUUCUGGUCAUUGGUGGUCCUUACUGGAAUGUUCCGACCGGCCGGAGAGACGGCCGGAUAUCCAACGCCACGGAAGCUCUCAACAAUAUCCCACCUCCGUUUAGCAACUUCACUGUUCUCCAAACCCUCUUUGCCAACCAAGGGCUAGACCUCAAGGACCUCGUCUUAUUAUCUGGUGCGCAUACAAUUGGCAUCUCUCACUGUUCAUCUUUCUCGAAUCGUCUAUACAACUUCACCGGGGUUUUUGGCACCCAAGAUCCAUCGCUCGACAGCGAGUAUGCAACGGUUCUCAAGGCGAGAAAAUGCAAGUCAAUUAACGACAAUACAACCAUAGUAGAAAUGGAUCCUGGGAGUUUCAAAACAUUUGACCUUAGCUACUACAAAUUGGUGCUGAAAAGAAGGGGGCUUUUCGAGUCCGAUGCAGCCUUGUUAACCAACCCGACAACCAAGUCGUUCAUCGACAAGCUAGCUCAGGGGUCACUGCAGGAUUUCUAUGCCGAGUUCGCGACGUCGGUGGAGAAACUUGGGAGGAUUCAGGUGAAAACAGGGUCGGAUGGUGAGAUCAGGAAACAAUGUGCAGUUGUAAAUUAACAGCUGAAUUUUGAUUUGUCCCAUGUUUUCAAUAAUGUUGUGUGGUGUGGGAUUUAUGUUGAGGAUAUGAAGAUUGUAUAAAUAACCUCAUCAGUAACUAG